GGUGAAUGAAUUCAAUAUCACGUGCGAUCACUUCGCGUUUGAAUGAAAUAUCCAACAAACGACAUCGAUUCGUCGGGGAAGAGAAAAGUUCGGAUUUUGCUAAUCCUAGUUGGGCGUUUCCAACAACAAGUGAUUUCAACUGCUAUGAUCCACCAGAGCUAAUUAUUUCCGAAGAGGAGUUCAACGAGAUUAUUCCUCCUACGUCAGAUUCGAUAGAGCACAAGAUCGAGGCAAAACCAAGCAAUAUCUCAAAAAAGGUUACAUCUGUUGUCCGACGGCUAUCGCCAUUUGGAUGUAAUUCGAACGGGUCCAUUGAGAAGGAAAAAUGUGACGAAAAGGGUGAAACUGUAGAAGAGAAGAAGUCGCAGAAGAUUUUCAAGGAAACGCGUGAAAAAGUCGACAGGCUCAAGAAGUCGUUCAAAACGAAUGAACGACAACAACUAAUUGAUUCGGAUGAAGAACAAUAAGUUAAGAAUUUCUUGGUAAAGUGCAAUCAGACAGCAGCCAGCCUUAUUUGCCACUGUUGAAUGGGUAUGAUUAGCAUAACAAUAUAAUGAAAUGACAGCCCGGUCCAGCAAAUUUCGCGAUUGAUUCUGCUGGGUUU